AACACGCGAGCUGCGGACGCAUGCGCGCAGCGGCCAGAGCGGCAUCUCGCGGACAUGGUGGUCCGCCUUCGCGGCCAGUGGCGCGGCCACCUGCUGGCCCUACGGCUCCGGGCCCGGCUCCCCGCGCUCCCGUUGGCGGCGGCCGCGAGCCCUGUGCUGACCCCAGGUGGCUGGUAUGAGGCCCUGGCCAUGUCGGCGCCGGUGCACGCCGUGGAGGAGGCGCUGCUGGGUGCGCACGCUGCUGGCCUGCCCUGGUGGGGCGCCAUCGCGCUAGCCGCCGCCGGCCUGCGCGGUCUCACGCUGCCCCUGGCCGCCCAGCAGCGCCGCGUCCUGGCCCAGGUGGAAAAUUUGCAACCAGAAAUAGAAAAAAAUGCCAAGCAACUUAACCAAGAAGUUGCAGUUUGUGCUCAUCAGUUGGGAUGGUCCAAAAGAGUUACCAGGCUUACUUAUCUAAAGAAUAUGAGGAGGCUUGUUUCAGAGCUGUAUGUUCGGGAUAACUGUCACCCUUUCAAAGCCACUGUGUUGGUCUGGAUUCAACUUCCAAUAUGGAUCUUCAUGUCUGUUGCCCUCCGGAAUUUGAGUACAGGGGCAACGCAUUCAGAAAGUUUUUCUGCUCAGGAGCAGUUAGCCACGGGUGGAAUUUUAUGGUUUCCUGACCUCACUGCUUCGGAUUCUACUUGGAUUCUGCCCAUCUCUGUAGGUGUUGUCAACUUACUGAUAGUGGAGCUUUUUGCUCUACAAAGACUCAGCAUGUCCCGUUUCCAGGUGUACGUCACUUAUUUUGUGCGUGCCGUGUCAGUGCUGAUGGUUCCCAUCGCUGCAGCUGUGCCCUCAUCGCUCGCCUUCUACUGGUUGUGCUCCAGCCUCAUGGGCCUCGUGCAGAACUUGUUGCUGUGUUCACCUCGAUUUCGCCAACUUUGCCGAAUACCAUUGACCAAGUCACAUUCAGCUACUCCUUACAAAGACCUCUUUGCUGCCUUUUAUGCCAAAUUCAUAUCAAGAAAAUGACGUUUCACCAUAAUUUUGAAACAGUUGCAGAUGUCACCAUCACAUUUAUAUAUAUAUAGAUUUAGAAAUUAUUUAAUUUGCUUUUAUUUUAAAAUCAGACUAUGAAGACUAUGGGUUAAAAUGUAAGCCUGAUCUAUUUGACAGUAAUGAAAAUCUUCUAAGUGGUAGAAAUGUGGUAUGUCUAACUGUAACAGAACCAAUGUUCUAUAAUGGAACCGAGUGUUGACCCUGUUUAGAAAAUUAUAACUUGUUACAAUUCCCAGAACUUUGGAGAAUGAGAGCAGAAACUGAAGUCAAAUUGUACUACUAAAAAGUGUCAUUAAAGUUUUGUAAAGGAAGAGGAUCCACUGAGGUGAUUUUUAAUAUUUUGAAUAGCAUACGGAGGGUUGUGUAUCUGUUUGAAUAUCUAAUAAACAUUUGGGUUUGGUUUUCUCUUCAGAAAACUCGUGCCUACACUGUUAAGGACCUUCAUCAGCUGCCCUGAAGCUCUUCUGGGGACUCGUAGGCAGGAAACUUCAUGGAGCACACAUUGAGAUUGACCCAGAAUGUGACUAGAGAAAAGGCCUGAAGUCCAUACAUUGGAAUAGUCCAUGCACCCAGCUCCCUAAGUAAACAUCAUAUCCCAGUGCAACUUUGAAGAAUAGAAGAAUUGCCCAUUCCUGUUUCUGAAUUUAAGAAUUGGAAUGCAGAGUACACUACGUAUUGCUGGAACCUAAAGUAGAGACUUAUGAGCAUUGUUUAUGGAGUCAAAGGAAAAAAUGAAAAUGUUAGCUGCCUACUGCAGAGGUGAUUUUAACAUGUUUGGAACAGGGUUGCAAUUCAUUUCAGUAUGUCUCGAUGCCUGUCAGCUCUAAUUUCAGCUCAGUCACUCUUGCUGGCUUGAGCCAUGGGUAGUGUGUGGUGAGUAUCCCAGUGCUCAUUCCACUUCUCCAGGAGCCUUUGAUUGUAGAGAGGCAUUGAUUUAGCAGACCAGAUGUCAUCUAUUACAGUUCCUCAAGAAAACCAUUAAAAUGGUGUAAAACAUUUGUAAUUCAACUAACUUGUGGUACAAUUAUAAAUACCUGUUAUAUACCAGCAAUAGGGUACUGAUGUUAAAAUUUGGAGAACUAGUUACUUAUAAAUACAUGAUUACUAAUGAAUACAUAAGUAUAAAUUUCUUUUAA